AUGGAGUCAAUCAGACGACACGUCGCCCCGCUGAAGAUUAUCAAAAGCAGAUCGGAGCCGACAGCCGAGAGUUACGGCAAUCAGCUCUCCGUCCAAAGCCAGCGUGAGCUGACACCACCGUUAACACCGCAAGCCACCAAAGAUUCUACCUCGGAUCGUAAUACGGAACCCCCCCGUGCUGUCUUCCACAACUACCUUCGUGCUUUCUACCCGUUUCACCCCUCUGGCGACGUCUCGCCUUCAACCGUCACCCUGCCCUUGGAUUCCGGGGAUAUCAUUCUCGUUCACUCUGUGCACACUAAUGGCUGGGCAGACGGCACGUUGCUCGACACCGGCGCCCGUGGUUGGCUGCCCACCAACUAUUGCGAGGCCUACGACCAGGUGCCCAUGCGGCCCUUACUGAAGGCCCUGACUGAUUUCUGGGACAUCAUCCGCGGCGGGUGCGGCUCUUCUCUCAAGGACUUUGGCAACCAGGAUCUCAUGCGAGGCCUGAUUGCCGGAGUGCGCUUUCUCUUGGAAAAAUCAGAGUGUUUGACCCGUGAGUCGCCGCUCGUGAGGCAGCAUGAUGGGCUACGACGCAACCGCAAGGCAUUGCUCGCCGAUCUGUCGUCGCUCGUCAAGACCGCCAAGAAGUUCCAGGACGUCGCCAACGGGAUCUCGCUGGACGACGACGUGGACUGCAUCCUCGACGAGAUGUUGCUCAAGGCCUUCCGCAUCGUCACCCGCGGCGUUCGCUUCCUCGACGUGUGGAACGAAGAGGAAGGGCUGAGCCGCACGAUUGCCGAGCUUGAGCAAUCCCGCCAGGCUGCCGCAACCAGUGACAGCAUCCUGACUCCCGCGUCGAGUUCCUUCAACUUCUCCGAACCGAGCAGCGCCCAACCCAUGGAACUGUCCCCUGAUACUCAGCAAUCGCAGGACCCCUUGCUCGUGAAUCGGGUUCGCGGCAACCUUAGCCGAGCCUCGAAUCGCCUCGACAACCAUCAUCAUGACCCGCCGCCGCCUCGACCGAUCUCCGUCCAGACUAAGCGUGUCUCCCACCGGGUCUCGUACUCGGCGCCGUCGGGCGUGGCUCGCAAUUUCAACCUGGCGUCGGAGCGGCUCAACAGCACCUACGACGGUUUUCUCGGCGUCCUGGGCUCCUUCAUUGGGCUGCAUCUCCAGUCGCGCUCCUCUACGGAGCUGAUCGUCACCACCCAACAGGCGGUGCAGUCCUGUCGCGCCCUGCUCACGGUCGUCGGAGCGGUCUCGGAACAUGACAGCGAGAGGUGCACUCCCUUGAUGCUGGCCAAGGACAAGAUGGAUGAGCGGCUCGCCGAGCUGGUCCAGGCCGCCCGUGACGCCUUUCGCCCCCCUCAUUCCGUCGACGAGGAGAUUGUCUUCAUGCCCGACGAAGGGAAACGGCUCGUCGACGCCGCCACCGAUUGCGUGCGCGCCGCCGGCAACUGCAUCGCCAAGGCACGUAUCGUACUCGAGGAAACGGGGGACUUUGAGAUCGAGCCUGCGGACGCUGCCUCCUCGACUGACCUCCCCGAUUCUGAGAAACCCAGCGAGCUGUCCCUGCGGCUACCACCCCCGCCGCUCGAGAUUCCUGGCACCACUGGCUCGCAGCCCCCAACACCAGGCCUGACCGAAGACAUCACUCCUUCCUCCUUCCAGUCCCGCUUUGGACUGGGUGGAUCUAGCAACCAGAGCAGCACCUCUGACCUCCCCUCCCUCCCCUCGACGGCCAUGCUGUCGACCAGCGUCGACCAGCUCUCCUUCUCCUCCACGGAUAUCACCCUGGUGAACUCAUCGUUCGGGAGUAGCCAUUCAAACAAGUCCGAGAUGACCGAGUCGUUUGGUCGCGGCGUGACCAGCACCGGUAGCAGCUUCACCUACGCCAGUCGUCUGCGAGACUCGGAGAUGAGUGGCGUCUCCCAGACCUCAACCCGGGCAACCUCCCCGGACAUCAGCAGCCCCCCCAUUCCUUCACUUAAGGGAAGCACUAGCUACUCUACUCUCGCGGAGGAGAAUGACGAGCACGAGGUCAACAUCCUGGAGAAGACGUACGCGCACGAACUCAUGUUCAAGGACGGGCAGGUAAUUGGCGGUAGCCUGCGGGCGCUGAUCGAGAAACUGACGGCGCAUCAAUCGACACCGGACGCCUUGUUUGUCUCCACCUUCUACCUGACCUUCCGUAUCUUUGCCACUCCGCUCGAAUUCGCCCAGGCGCUCGCGGACCGUUUCGAGUACAUUGGUGACACGCCCCGGGCCGCGGCGCCCGUCCGCCUUCGCGUGUACAACGUGCUGAAGGGCUGGCUCGAGUCGCACUGGCGGCAUGACCACGACGACUGCGCGCUGGAAUUCCUCACGCGAUUCGCGCAGACCACGCUGAGCAACAGCAUCCCUGCCGCGGGUAAACGGCUGUUGGAGAUCAUCGACAAGGUUGCCUCCACGCAGGCGCCUGUCGUGCCGCGCCUCCUCUCUUCCAUGGGCAAGACCAACACGGCGGCCGCACAGUACAUCCCGCCAGACACACCCGUGCCCGCGCCGAUCCUCAGCAAGAAGGAGAUCAACCUGCUCCGCCAGUGGAAGAACGGCGAAGCCAGCAUCACCAUCCUGGACUUUGACCCGCUCGAGCUGGCGCGGCAGUUUACCAUCAAGGAGUCGCGCAUCUUCUGCUCCAUCCUCCCCGAGGAGCUGCUCGCGACGGAGUGGAUGAAGAAGACGGGCUCCCUUGCGGUUAACGUGCGCGCCAUGUCGACGCUGUCGACCGACCUGGCGCAUCUGGUGGCCGACUCGAUUCUGCAGCUGGAGGAGCCGAAGAAACGAGCGGCGAUCAUCAAGCACUGGGUCAAGAUCGCCAACAAGUGCCUGGAACUUAACAACUACGACUCGCUGAUGGCGAUCAUCUGCUCGCUUAACUCGUCCAUGAUCGCCCGCCUGAAGCGCACGUGGGAGAUUGUGUCGCAGAAGACCAAGACGACGCUCGACCAACUGCGCACCAUCAUCGACGUCUCGCGUAACUAUGCCGUCCUGCGCCAGCGGCUACAGAACCACGUACCGCCCUGCCUACCAUUUGUCGGCACCUACCUGACCGAUCUGACCUUUGUCGACCACGGUAACCAGCCGCUGCGCUGCCUCGCGACCGACGAAGGGGAGAUGGAGGUGAUCAACUUCGACAAGCACGUCAAGACAGCCAAGAUCAUCAGCGAGCUGCAGCGGUUCCAGAUCCCCUACCGUCUCAACGAGGUCCCCGAGCUGCAGGCCUGGAUGCAGGAUGAGCUGGUCCGCGUCCGCUCCAAUGGCGAGAAAAGCCUGCAAACCUUCUACCGCCGUUCUCUCAUUCUCGAGCCGCGCGAGGUCGCCGCGCCCCAGCGCGCCGUCGCCGAUUCGGGCGCCUCCAUUCGCGAGACCACGCGUGACAAGUUCGACUUUCUCUCCUGGACUUCCUCGUCCAAGCUCAAGUCCAUCGCUACGCAUGUUUAG